ACGAAGAUUUUAUUCUUAAUGCGUUUUUUUUAAUAUCCUAUUUCGAAGUUAUAAUAAUGAGUAAAGGUGGAUUUUCUUGUGUGAUGUGUAAAAACAUAUCUGGACGAAAUGCAGGAAUAAAGUUUUUUCGUUUUCCAAAAGAUCCAGAAAUGUCUAAAUUAUGGCUCAAAUCUUGUAAUCGUAUGAUUGAUAGAACAACUGAAGAACUUUAUAAAAAUUAUCGAAUUUGUAGUGAUUAUUUUAAUGAAAACAUGUAUCUUAAUAACUUGAAAACUAGACUUCUUCCUGCAGCUAUACCAAAUGCAACACAGACCACAUUAAAUUUUCUGACAAAUCCAACUUGUGACACUUACGUUAUUUCAAGAGAGAAUAUAGAAUUUAGACAGAAAUCUUAUCAGGAGGAAUUAGAAAUAAAAGCAAACGAAUCGUUAUAUGAACAAAUGGACCUAGGUGAAAGCAAUAAUUCUAUAGAAUAAACAUGAUGAUUGGUUCACCAGUGCCAUCAAAAACCAGAUGAAAACAAUCAAGCAUUUAACGGAUGAGUUCGGGGAGACGCUAUUAGUGCUAUUCGUAUUAUUCAAUGUUUUUUUAUUGUUCAAUAAACGUAAAAUAAAGAUAGGGCAACAUAAAUAACAUUAAUAGCGUCUCCCG